CCGUUUUCCAUGGAGCUGUUGCAGCCCGGACUUGUGAUCUCCGGAGCCUCGUUUGCCUGUUUUCACCUGUUGAAUGGCAGACUGGGCACACUGGUCCCCGCUCCCAGCACUGCUCUCCGGAACCCCUGGAAAUGGAAGAACAUCUGGACCUCGUUCAUACACAGCCUGCUCACCGGAACAUGGGCGCUGCUAGGAUUUUACCUGCAUCCUGAGAUGGCAGAAGAUUUGAUCUCCACACAUACCCGAUUCUCACAUAGUCUCGUCGCUGUAUCUAUAGGCUAUUUUAUCCAUGAUUUUUUGGAUAUGCUGCAGAACCAAAAGUUGCACCAAUCCUGGGAGCUGCUGUUCCAUCACACUGUUGUUAUCACUUGUUUUGGGAUAUCUGUACUCCUACACCGCUAUAUAGGUUUCGCUGUGGUGGCUUUGCUGGUGGAAAUUAACUCUAUCUUCCUGCAUCUGAGACAGAUCCUUCUCAUGGCCAACCAGCUAAAAACCACUUUCUACCGGCUCAACAGCUUACUAAACCUGGGCACAUAUGUCAUCUUCAGGAUCAGCACUCUGGCGUGGAUGACAAGGUGGUUGGUGCUAAACCGUGGGAACAUUCCACUUCUCAUUUAUACCAUUGGUAGUGUUGGAAUGGCCAUCAUGACUUUGAUGAACAUAGUUCUUUUCUACCGCCUCCUUCGAAGCGAUUUCCUAAAGUCAGCCCGUGACUUGCCAAGUGAGAAGGAUAAAUAA